AUGGACAAGUUUUCUGCGUUUGGGAAGAACAUUAGCUCGGCGUUCAAUUCCACUGUUACGCCGUCCUGGCAACGAAGUCAACAGUAUCUCAAGGAGCAGUUCGGAAAUGCCGAAGAUAAGACCGAAUUGCCGGCAGACUACCUUGAGCUCGAGAAACGAGUUGACGCAUUGAAGCAAGUCCAUCAAAAGCUGCUUGAUGUCACCAAGCAAUACCAGAAUGAAGCCUACGACUACCCUCCCAAUAUCCGCGAAUCCUUUGGCGAUCUCGGCCGCAGCAUUUCGGAGAAGGUGACGCUCCUCUCCAAAGCUCACAAUGCAUCCGAAGCAGCAACCGCCUUCACUGCUCCUCCCUCGGCGAAGCCUCAGCCCAAGACAUUCAACCAUGCCAUUGCCCGAGCCUCGCUUGCAAGCUCCCAGAUGCUCAAACAGUCCAACACUUCAGGUACUGGCGAAGAUCCACUGGCAAAUGCCUUGGAGAAAUAUGCGCUUGCCGAAGAGAAAGUGGGCGAAGCUCGAUUGGCGCAGGACCAGGCCAUCCAGUCGCGGUUUCUUGCUGGAUGGAGUACGACGCUGAACACCAACAUUCAGUUCGCGACCAAGGCGAGGAAGGCAGUCGAGAAUAGCCGCUUGUUGUUGGACAGCACCAAGGCAGCCAAGAAAAGUCAAGUUCAGGGUCGCGGCAUGAAUCCGGACGAUGAGACCGCCUUGAGCGAGGAUGCUCGUGCCGAGAUCGAGGCCAAGGAAGACGAUUUUGUCUCGCAGGUGGAGGAAGCACAAGGCGUAAUGAAGAAUGUUCUGGACACGCCCGAACCGCUCCGCAACCUUGCAGACUUGAUUGCUGCGCAACUCGAGUACCAUAAGAAAGCAUACGAGAUCCUAUCCGAAUUGGCACCAGAGAUUGAUCAACUCCAGGUUGAGCAGGAGAGCAACUAUCGUAAAAGCAGAGAGGGUGCUUGA